GUACUGUUUGAUGAGUGUGAAAGGAUGCUUCACUGAUUUUCAUAUUGAUUUUGGAGGCACUUCAGUGUGGUAUCACGUUUUCCGUGGGGGGAAGAUCUUCUGGCUGAUUCCGCCUACUCUGCAGAAUCUAGAACUUUAUGAAGAAUGGGUUCUCUCAGGAAAGCAAAGUGAUAUCUUUCUGGGAGACAGGGUGGAACGAUGCCAAAGAAUUGAGCUGAAACAAGGCUAUACGUUCUUCAUUCCUUCAGGGUGGAUACAUGCGGUUUAUACUCCGGUAGAUUCUCUGGUGUUUGGUGGAAAUAUCCUGCAUAGCUUUAAUGUUCCCAUGCAGCUUCGCAUCUAUGAAAUUGAGGACAGAACAAGGGUGCAUGCCAAAUUCCGUUAUCCUUUCUACUAUGAAAUGUGCUGGUAUGUUCUGGAGAGAUACGUGUCCUGUGUGACCCAGCGCUGCCACCUCAGCAAAGAGUACCAGAAAGAAUCAAUGUUAAUUGAUGCAAAAAGAAAACGCAGCACAGACAGCUAUUCAUCAGAUUCGUGGUUAGACAUGGAUGAAGAAUCUUGUGAUGCCCAUAUCCGGGAGGAGAAGGAUGACAGCUUGGAUAAGAACUCCAAAUCCUUGGUGGAUGGCUCCUCCUCGCCCAACAGCACACACUCAGAAGGGAAGGAGGGUGCAGGAAGAAAACAAAAAACGACAGUAAUGAGAUACCUAAAAAGAACUUUGUCUAAUGAGUCAGAUGACAGCGUAAAAUCAACGACCCCCACGGACUAUCCCAAAACACCAACGGGGUCUCCAGCUACAGAAGUUUCAACCAAAUGGACUCACCUCACAGAAUUUGAACUGAAGGGUUUAAAAGCCCUGGUGGAAAAGCUUGAAUCUCUCCCAGAGAACAAGAAGUGUGUUCCAGAAGGCAUUGAAGAUCCACAGGCUCUCCUAGAGGACAUGAAGAACAUACUGAAGGAACAUGCUGAUGAUGACCAAAAUCUUGCCAUUUCGGGUGUCCCCGUGGUCAGCUGGCCCAAGAAGACCACAAAGAGCCAAAAGGCCGGAGGGGAGAACAAGCGCGAGCCAGGGUACGCGCAGCCUCGCGUGGAAUCAGCACAGGCUAGCGGACACUCGGUCUGCCCACGGGCAGGUGUGGGACCAGGCAUCUCCUUCCGGAUGUCAUCUGCUCUCUUGCCUCUGCUGGAGGCCAACUGUAUAAUCGAACCACAAACACUGCUGUAA